AAAGUGCAACUCUGUUUAUUUUACAUAAUAUUUGUUUAAAUCGUUAAUGAGGAGAGAAUUAAAUGUGUUAAGAGUCAUUUAGGUGUUUUGGUGUGAAACGCUGUCGUCAAAGCAGAAUCACUGUCCAGCGAACAUCUGCUUCGUGAAUUUGUCUGCUUUGUCAUAUUUAAACAGGUAAUAAAUAAAUAGAAAAUAGAAAAAUGUCUGUACUGUGUAUAAUACAUCGAGCGUUUGUUCAUAAACCGCGUGCUUCUUUGCUCGGUUCGCAAACUUCUCUCAGCGCUGCGCGUCAGCUGCUCCCCAGUUAAUCAGCGCGCGCUCAGAGAGGCAGCGCAUCAGUCCGACCGGAGAAGGGCGCGCGGUCUCGUCUCCCUGUGAUCACUUCUCUUUUUUUUUGUUUUUGUGUUUAUUGCGUGUUAAAUGAAUAACACAACCGGCCCGGCACCAGGAGCUGGCCCCGGGGAGGAUUUACCGGCGCACCGAGCGUUAACGGGCUGCGUCCUGGCGCUGCUCAUCGUUUGGACGCUUCUGGGCAACUUCACGGUGUGCGCCGCCGUCUACCGCUACCGACACCUGCGCGCCAAGGUAACCAACGUCUUCAUCGUGUCCCUGGCUCUGUCCGACCUCCUGGUCGCCGUGCUCGUGAUGCCGUGGAAAGCCGUGGCCGAGGUGGCCGGCUUCUGGCCGUUCGGCGGCUUCUGCAAGACGUGGCUGGCCUGCGACAUCAUGUGCUCCACGGCCUCCAUCCUCAACCUGUGCGUCAUCAGCGUGGACCGGUACUGGGCCAUCUCCAGUCCCUUCCGCUACGAGAGGACCAUGAACAGGAAGGUGGCGUCGAUCAUGGUCGGCGUGACGUGGACGGUGUCCGUGUUCAUCUCCUUCGUCCCCGUGCAGCUGAACUGGCACCGCGCGGAGUUCGGGGACCCGGGCGGAGCGGACGCGGCGCUUCACCGCGCGGCUCUGGCCCGGAGCUGCGACUCCAGCCUCAGCCGCACGUACGCCAUCUCCUCCUCCCUCAUCAGCUUCUACAUCCCCGUGGCGAUCAUGGUGGUCACGUACACCCGCAUCUACCGGAUAGCGCAGAUGCAGAUCCGGGUGAUCUCCUCCCUGGAACGCGCGGCGGAGCACGCGCGGAGCUGCCACUCGGGCGCACCCGAGCUACCGCACCUGUGCACGGAAAUGAGCGCGCGCUCACUCCAGCCCCCCGUGGGUCUGGCCCCCGACCCGCAGCACGGAGAGCUCAAAGUGUCCAUCAGGAAGGAGACUAAAGUCCUCAAAACUCUGAGUAUCAUCAUGGGCGUGUUCGUCUGCUGCUGGCUGCCGUUCUUCGUCCUCAACUGCGCUCUGCCCUUCUGUCCCGGACCGGGGGCCCCGGGCGCGAGCCGCGGCCCCUACUGCGUCAGCGAGAAGACCUUCGACGUCUUCGUGUGGAUCGGCUGGAGCAACUCGUCGCUCAACCCGAUCAUCUACGCGUUCAACGCGGACUUCAGGGACGCCUUCCUCUGCCUGCUGCGCUGCCGCGGCUGCGGCGGCCGCGUUGGCCGCGGCGGCGGCAGCGGCGGAUGCUGUGCCACGCUCAACGCGGCGGCGGAGACGGUUAUGGCGAGCAACGACGCCGCCACCCUGAAGCCCGAGAGCCCGCUGAGGCUGCGGGCGUCGUGCGUGGCGAACGCCAGGGGCAGCGAGGACAGCGGCAGCACCACGUUCGCCGUGUGCUACCGCGGCGGCGCCAGCCCGGAGCAGGCGACGGACACGGAGGAGCCCGGGCACCGGGACAGACCGGCGCAUCUACCGGUGUGAGCGACCCGGUCUGCGGCAGGAGCUCAGGGAUUAGGAUGCAGUACGAGGCAAAGGGGGAAAGAAACACGCUGACGUUUGCAAACUCCCAGACACUGUGAAUAAAAUAUGUGUGAUAAUUGUGGAGCUGCUACUUAUUCUAUUUCAUCCACAUUAGUGUUUACACGCGUCCUCCUGGGUUGAAGUGAGGCGUUACUGCACCACUGGGAGUUUGCAACGCUCAGUGUGAGGACUACCCCACACCUCGCUCGUCAGGAUGAACAUGAAGAAAGAAGUGAGGCCCUGCAGCCACGCUGUGACAGGAAGGACAACGAUGUGGUUUCACAACAAUAUUCUGCAGAAAAACUAAGCUCAGCGGCUCAUUUGUUUCCCCCCCUCCCCAACAGGUGAGCGAGACAAACCUAUAGUGUGCAGAACUACGGUGCAAGUGUCUUCAGACCAGCUGGCACAGGUGCUUUACUUUUCCUGCAGCAGCGUUAGAUGAGAAGAAAUGUCACGUCGCUUUUUACAUUCACAUUGUCGGGGCUUUUUGCACGAAGCUUCUCGGGUCCAUGUAAAACCGAACAGCGAAGGAGCAAAUCCGUCGCGCUCAUUUCACUUGACAGUCACAAAUGGAUUUACCAGUGAGCCUGGGGGGAGGCCGCAGCACCCCCCCCCCCCCACCUCCAUGGAGAGUGCAGGAGUCCAGUAUUCUCUGAAUCUCUAGAAAUGGCAUUAUGUAACUAACUCACAUUAGCACUCGCCAGCUGUGUGAAUGCACCGCGCACUCUGUCCCCCCCCUCUGUGUCCUGAGAGAAACAACCAUGAAUAAUUCGUAAAGGUUGUUCCCGCGAAAGAUGCCUUGACCAGCAAGAACAGAGAAGCUUUUACCGUGACAACCCUCAAAAAGACCGGACGUGAUUUCAGCGGGCGGACGCGGGCUCGCGGCCUGCUGGGCUUCAGCUGAGGACGCGUCUGGCGUCCUCCUCCGCGAUGAACUUUUUACGCGUCAACAUCUGCUCAUUUUUGUUUAAUGCCAUUUCCUGUUAAAUAUGAACAUUCUCCGAGAGCCACAAGCCUUAACACAGCCAGCAAGAAUUAUGACUUCAUCCUAACAUCAUCCUCUGAUUAUGUUGUUGGAAGUAUAGGUUACUGUAUGUGUACAUCUGGACACAGCUGGUCCAGCUGCAGACACCGUUCUCUUCUAAUCUACGAAAUAAAGCAUCUACCUGUAAUUUCCAUAAUUCCAUCAAACCACACAACAUGUUCUGAAUCAGUGCGGCAGCUAGCUUAGAGUUUCACUGAAAACUUACUGUAUGCAGGUACAUGUAGCACUUUUGUUGGACACCAAUGAAAGCAUGUUUGUGUGUUUUCUGAUUACGCAGCGGCGGCACACGGGGACGCAUGUGUGCAGCUCUAUGGUAUUCACUGUGUAAUGGACUGUUAACCUACAUAGGACAUCCAUCAGCUGUAAGCAUCUCCAGCUGUAUGUAAUAAUAGUCACCAUACCAAAGACUAUUAAUAAAACAGAGGUCAAAUGAA